UUAUGUUUAUUCUUUCAUUUUUUAUUUCGUUUUCCAAUUUUUUCUGUUUUUUUCAAUUAUUUGGGUUCGUUUAUGUUUGUUCUUGCAUUUGCGUUUUUUAAUUUAUCGGUUCUAUUUAGUUUUAUGGUUUGUUUGUCAUUUUCGCUUACAAUUUUAUGAAAUUUCUGAUUUAUAUGUGAACAUGUGUGGAUAUAUAAUUUAUGUUAGAAUUUACAAUUUUGGGUUCGUUUUACGUGAAUGAAAAUUAGAUUUUUCAAUUUUUGGGUUUGUAUAUGUUUCCUCUUUUAUUUUUGUUUUUGUUCUUCGUAAUUAAUAAAAUUUCAAUUUACUAGGUUUUUUUUAUGAAAAUUGAACGGCUAAAUUAUUAGUAAUAUAAUGGUUUUUUUAUGCAUUUUCUGCUUUUUUAUUUUUGAAUUUUCUGUUUUUUUUUGUGAAUUCUGUAAAUAAAUUUUGUAAUAUAAUUUAUGUUCGAUUUUUUAUUUGGGUAAUUAUUCUUAGCUUUCUUUUUUUAUAUUUGUAGAUAUGGAUGAAUAUCAAUUUCAAUGCCUUUCAACUCCUACCUCCCAUACAUCUUCUGAUCCGGACACUACUGGUUUGAAUGCACUAACUGUGCCUUCAAAGAAGACCAAGCGAGCUGGACCUCCUGAAGGCACUAAUUCGGAAUUUGAUUCUUCUUUUGAUCAAGAAGUCUAUUGUCAACUGUUUGCUAAAGCUGUUUUAUGUCAUGCAUAUCCUUUACGGAUUGUUGAACAUGAAAAAUUGCGAAAACUUCAUUCUUAUCUUAAUCCUAAAGUAAGACACAUAUCUAGGAAUACAAUUCUUAGGUAUUGUGCUUUGGAAAAUGAGAAACUAAAGUUGAAUUCAAAUGACACCAAUAGAUGACUUUGAAAGAACUCAUAUUUAUCUCUUAGGUUAGUUUUCGAGUAAUUAUCAGUUGUACAACUCUAUUUCCUUAAGGGAGUUUUAGCCUUUUCAUGGGAAAGGGGGUAGGGAGGAUUCUUGUUAGUGGAUUCACUUUAUUUUGCUUUAUAUAAUUGAUUAUGUAAGCUCUUUUUCUGAA